AUGAUAAAUGGUCAUGCAUCCAAAGAAGGAGACUGGCCGUGGCAUACGGGCAUUUUGCAUAUUGCAAUAAAUUGGAAUAUUGAGUACAAAUGUGGUGGGACACUAUUGAAUUCACAGUCAGUUUUGACUGCUGCCCAUUGUGUUUAUGAAAACGAUCGAGUCAUAGUGCCGGAAAGGGUCUUAAUACAGCUGGGAAGGAACAAUUUAAAAAUAUCUGGAGCUCAUAGUCAGGACAUUGAAGUCUACCAAAUAGUUCCUCAUCCAAAUUUCAAUGAAUCCAGUUUGGCCAAUGAUAUCGCUAUCGUACGUUUGGCAACCAGAGCUACGUUCAGUAAUUACGUGCAACCAAUUUGUUUGUGGGAAUCGAACAAAGAGGAUUUAUCAGAAGUUGUGGGAAAGCUUGGCACGGUAGUUGGUUUCGGAAUUACAGAACACGAUCAAAUAUCUUAUACGCUUCGGCAAGCUGUCAUUCCGGUGGUUCAUCUAACUACCUGUCUGGAAAGCGAUCGUAACUUUUUCGGAAACUUUUUAUCGGAUUUGACAUUUUGUGCUGGGUUCCGUAAUGGAACCAAUGCGUGUAACGGCGAUAGCGGUGGCGGCCUGACAUUCGCAGAAAAUGGUGUCUAUCGUAUACGAGGUAUCGUGUCCUUAACACAGUCGCGGCGUAAUAGUCAUGAGCGACUCUGUAGAACUGACCAAUACGUCGUUUUUACGGAUGUGGCAAAAUAUUUGCAGUGGAUUGAAGAAAUUGUGCCGGAAUUACCAUCAGGAGAUUGCACUCACUUUGUUUGGACCGACUACGAGGAGGGAACCUGUUGGAUGAAACAAAAUCGUGUCACAGCAAAAGAUGCUCAUCGCAGUGAGGGCAAAGAGGCCAUUUGCGGAAUUGUCGACAAUUUAUCACACAUUGCGUGGAACGAAAGCAAUAUGGCUUUCGGUUGUGACUUUUGGGAAAAUGACCUAGAAGAUGUCGAAACCAAUGACCAUCACGAGUGUAACUAUCGAUGCGCAUUUACAGAAGGUUGCACUCAUUUCGUGUGGAACGAAGACGGUGGAACCUGCUGGAUGAAACAGAACUCGGUUGGCAGAAAAGACGCAUUUGUAAGCAGAGACAAAUCGGUAGCUUGCGGUAUUGUUAAAAGAAUCGAUUGGAAUGGAAACAAUUGGGCUAUGGGAUGUGAUUUUCGAGGAAAUGAUUUGAUAGACGUUCGAUCCGGAAGUCAUGAAUGCCGUGCAUAUUGUGCGGCUAAUCAUCAAUGCACGCACUUCAAUUGGAAUGGAUGGUCCGGCGGAACGUGUUGGAUGAAACAACACAACGGGGUGACGAAAGAUGACGCUAUUAUAACGUCGGAUCCGGAGUCUGUGUGUGGAAUAAAAUAAAUUUUGUUUUUUUGCCGAAAGUCUUGCCAUUAAAAAUAU